UUGAGUAUCUCCUGACUGACCGAUCUUGGGCGCUAGUGUUUGCUCUCGCACGCACUUACUUCCAACGCUUGCAAGAGUACAGACGUGACGUUCCGUGGCUCUCGUUGAACCGAUCUUGGAAAAAGAAAAUUCUGUAUCCUGUCGAAGGAAAAGUGUUCUCAGCAUUUUCGCGCGUCCCAAUACAAGUGAAUUGUGAACCAAAAAAAAAAACAAAACAAAGCGUAUGUGUAUGUGUGCGUGUGUGUUUGUGCGUUUCGAUAGUGAGAUAUAGAAAAGCAGUUAUACCACCGUAUAUUACACACUAGAAAGCGAAAGCCGUUUUUUGGGGCCGGAAGUUUAGUAAUCAUUCUUCAGAAUAAUUAAACCCAAAAUAAAAACAAAACUAAGUAGUGUGCAAACAAAAAAAAACAAAAGCAAGUAAAAUAACAGAAACGUAAAACAGAAAAGUAGUGUGUGCUACCAUUAGCGUGAAAAAAAAAGAAAACUAAACUAAACAGUUUAUAAAGCCCCACCCACCCCAUCACAUCAACGUAGAACGUAUAUCCUCUAACUAGAGUAUCUAAGUAGUAUUACUACCAUUUCUACUACUAUAGUGACAGUUGUAGAGCAAAACCAAAACAAAACAAAAAGUCGGAAAGGAAAGUGGGGCAAUACUCCAAGUGUAUUAAAAUUGCGCCCCAAUCCUUCUCCAGUACUGCUUUAUUGGUAGUGUAUUGUUGUGGCCGAAUAUAGAACAGCAGCAUCGACAGCGUCGCCCAGUGAGAAUAGAAGGAGCACCAGCAACAGCAGCCACAGCGGGAAAAGAGAACGGAAAAAUGCUGUUUGAAAGUACUAUGUCUGCCAAAAUGUAUCCAUACAAUGUGCCUCCACCGAUACAGGGCGCAACGGCGGUUCCCGUACCGAACAUAAGAUUGCACGGAGCCACUUUUGGUGCCGGGACGCUGGACCCGAAUGGGCUGUUGGACACACAUGAACUGCACCCUACACUGGUACCACUGAAACCGACUCUUCUCACAACUCAAGCAGCCGCCGUAGCCGCUAGCCAACAGCAAAUUAAGAGAGAACCGCAAACAUCACCGCAGGUCCUUUCACCGCAGCAGCAGCCACAACCGAACGUAGCCCAGCAGCAACAGAUUCAGCAACAAAUCCAGCAGCAACAGGUACAGGCACAGGUACAGCAACAGCAGCAAGCACAGCAGCAGGCACAACAGCAAGCCCAGCAGCAGGCACAGCAACAGGCUCAGCAGCAGCAGGUGCAGGUGCAGGUACAGCAACAGCAAGUGAAUGGCGCGACCGCUAACGGUUGCCCGAAGGGAGGCAACGCAAGCAAUGGCAGCUCAUCUGGCCGCUCCACACCGAACAAUGGUAGCGAUCCGGCUCCGGGCAAGCUGUUUGUCGGUGGACUGAGCUGGCAAACAUCGUCCGAAAAGCUGAGCGAGUACUUCGGCAUGUUUGGCACUGUUACGGACGUUCUGAUCAUGAAGGAUCCAGUCACACAGCGAAGCCGAGGGUUCGGUUUCAUCACAUUCCAAGAACCGAACAGUGUGGACAAGGUCCUGCAGGUACCGAUCCACACGCUCGAUGGUAAGAAGAUCGAUCCGAAGCACGCCACACCCAAGAACCGCCCGAAGACGCAGUCGAACAAAACGAAGAAGAUUUUCGUCGGCGGCGUAAGCCAGGACACGUCAGCCGAGGAGGUGAAGGCAUACUUCAGCCAGUUCGGCAAGGUCGAGGAAACGGUAAUGCUGAUGGAUCAGCAGACGAAACGUCACCGUGGGUUCGGUUUUGUCACGUUCGAAAACGAGGAUGUGGUCGAUCGGGUGUGCGAAAUUCACUUCCAUACCAUCAAAAACAAGAAGGUGGAGUGCAAGAAGGCGCAACCGAAGGAAGCCGUUGCACCGACCGCUCAGCAGCUGCUCCAGAAGCGCAUCAUACUGGGCAACCUUGGCGUACCGAUGGCAGCCGCCGCACCGAAUUCGGCCGCCGCUGCACGGCUUGUCGGGGCGGCACAGGCCGGCGGUAAUCCGGGUCUGGUGAAUCCGCUCGCCACCAACCAGCUGAUGGUGCAGGCGCAGGCACAAGCGGCACAGGCUGCUGCCGCAGCCGCCGCUAUGCAAGUACAAAAUGGUUUCGGCAAAGUCUUUACUACAUAUCCACCGCAACUGCAUAGCUUUAGAUACUCGCCAUACUCCAUUCCAUCGGCAGCUGCUGCCGCCGCGAAUGCAGCCGCCGCCGUUAAUCCACUCUCAGGCGUUGCCGCCAGCCAGGCCGCCCAAGGACAACCGCAGCAGGUACCGCAUCCGACGUCCGUCGCCGGUGCAACGGUGGCUACGCAAGCGGCCCCACAGCAGACGAGCCAGCAGGCAGCCGCCGCCGCACAGAUGGCCGCCGCCGGGUUGACGAACCCUUACCAGGGAUACAGCCUGGCCAAUGUCGAUAUGUCGAGCUUCCAGGGCGUCGACUGGGGCUCGCUGUACGGCAUGGGAAUAUUGUAUCCUGAAAGCCACUGUUGAGAUCAGCGUCUUCAUCACCUUUAUCCCUGUACACGUGGUAGCUAAUGAAUGCAACAAACCUGUUGCUGUUCUUACUUCCCCCUUUCGGGUUUCAAUCGGCAUCUACACUACCUGAAAAGGCGUUCUCAAACCAUUUUCUCUAGCCAUUUAAUUGCCUAGAAUGAGCGGUUCAAAGCAUUAGAAACGUUCACUAAGUAUGCAUCGCCCAACUUGUGGCGCACAUAUCCUAACAGCGAUAAAGAUUAUAGUUAAGAAUUUGAAAGGAGAUUCACAUUUUAACUCAUCAUUUCGUUUAUAAGAUACAUCAUGAAGACUGUUUUUAAAAAUUAAGUAUCGGUUUUACGUUAGCUGCAAAUCAAUAUUUUAAUUAUGUUUUAAUUUUCUAGUGUAAUCGAAGGAAUGGUACGGUUAACAGUAACGAAACAUUAUUUUGUUAGACGCUAUUUUCAAGAUGAGAUAUUAUUUUUAACAAGUUCGCCAAUCCAUGAGUAUGGGUCCAGAUGUUAUGUAUUAGGUUUUUUUGUGUCUGAGAAGGUCAUUAUUUUAAAAUAAGUAACAACACACAUUCAGUUCAUUCAUGUCGCGCAGUGUAGGGCAAAAGGUACAACAAAAAUGGAAGUGUGUUUUUACUCAUUUUACUGACCAUUACUGCUCAGUAUCUUAUCAUUCGCUUGCGCCGGUUUCAAUCCUACCGUGCACAAACAUGCGUUUUACCGUUAAAGAAAAACAGUCAAGUGAUUUUCUUUCCGGACGCAGAACGUACACCCCGUUCAUCUUUGCCCGGUGCAGCCGGUCGUUCGGCGGUGUGAUGAAGGAUGAGGAUGAGCAAAAAAAAAACCCGAUCCAUCAAUCAAGAACGAUCGUGCGUCGCUGAGUUUUGUUUUCCCCUCUGCCCUUUACUUAGUUUUGCCAACAGAGAGGAUGUUGGGGUUUUUGGUAAUACGAUUGCGCUAUUCUUAGCCGCCAGCGCUCGAUGUGUCAGUCACGUUUCGUUUACGAAGUGCCAUGCAUUUUGGCAGACGGCUUCUGGGGCUAAUUCCUUCACGGCUCGUAACGUUGCUUCCAUGGAAGCCGGUUUAAAACACUCGAAAGAUAAAUUAUUGAACACCGAUCGUCUCAGGUCAGUGGUCGACAAAGGAUGAUUACAGCGAAAAGCAUGUGAAUAUGCGUUGGCGAUAUUAUGCUUCAUUAUUUUUUUUAAUGCAAGAACGUUACAGCCACUGAUCUUGUGUUUUGUUUUUAAGUUUUAAAUAAGGCAACAAUUUUAAUUCAGAAAUCUAUGUACUUAUGCUUUUAUUAUUUUUUUUGUUAAAUGCUGAUCAUGCUCUUUCGACGCUCGUUUUACAUUGGUUAAAGUUUCUAUUGUUUUUAUAUUUGUCCAUUUCACAUUCAAGUUUAAUACGUUUCUAUGUAUGUAUUGUUAUAACUUUUCCCAAAAAAAGGUGUGUAAUUUUGAGAGCGGAAAGUAAAGCUCGUGCAUCUUCCAAUAAUGGAGCCAUUUCAAACAAAUGGAAAUUCAACUAUUGAGAUCAGUUCAUACGAAUUUGAAGGAUGUUAAAUUAAAAUAUACCUUACAAGCAUUAGAUGCAGUGUGCGUGUUGAAGUUUUCUGUCACAAAAGGAAGAAAAGCCAAAAACUAAACUUAAAAUGAUCAUCGUCUUUGUUUUUGUCAGUGCCACAGUUCAUUGUUCAUAUAAGAAAUCAGCAUUAACCGUAUACAGUAGCAAACAUUAAUUAUCCCUUUUGUAUUGCGCUUCAUUGGCAUCUGUUGGCAACAGGAUGCAUUGUCAUAGUUUGGUUUAUUUAAGCUUUUACUCAAGAGCUAUGUAUGUUUCAUGUUUUAUUUUUCCUUCUCUCUGCUGUUGUGUUUCUUCUGGCACUAGAGAUCGUUUCCCGAUUCACUGCCUUGUGCUCGAUUUAUCCUCUUUCCAAGUUCAGCUUAGCGGGUUUUUGCUAUAAAACGUUAGCAUCAUCUCCCACAGCCAGAAGGGAGAAUCGUUAGCUUAGAGAUAUAAGUUUGAUUGUUCGUCCGUUUAUCGAAUACUUCUACACACAUGUUUUGUAAAUUCAGUAGACUUCUACACACGUUUUUGUACCGUAGUAAUCAUGUUUUUUGAAGUUUGUACGAUAACUUAUAAAUGUUUCAUAUUUUAGAUAUGCUGUUUUCGUUUGUUUUUUUCUUCAUUUUCCUAACAAUCUUAAAUCAACAUAAAGGUCGUAGUUACAUUGUACGGAAUUAUAUGUUUGUUGCAUACUUUAAACUAAAUGUUUCCAGUUUUAUAAUACGAUAAAAGUUAAAUCAUUUUGAGACUGGAAUACAGCAAUAAUAUAUUCCACGCAUGCCAAAAGCUCCACUUAUUGCUAAAUGUUUCAGCUGCGUAAUAAUAGCCUAGCGAAGAAUAAUGUCUAUUUCACAUUCUUGCAGUAGAGUUACGCUAUUCGAUCACAAACUUGGUUUUGGUGUGAGGGUUUCAUGUUAAGCUCGUACUACUUCCCAUCAAGCAAAAGAAACGGAACAAACACUGGUGUUGAGUUUCAAAUAUAGUUUUAUUUUUUGUCAACAACAUACUUAUCAAAUGUAGCGUGAAUGUUUUUUCUCUUUUUUCUGUCACCUUAAUGUCUUUUCCUUUCCCUUCCACAUAGAUGCGAACGCGCAUAUUGCACGAAUUUGUUCAAAUACCUUGAUUGCAUAUUAAAGGGAAAAAAGUAUCAAAUUGUACGAUCUGUGCUUAGCGAGAGGGGCGGCGUUGUGUAAAAAAGGAGUAGAAAAUUUGGAUAAGUUUUGCUUUGCUUCUACAAUUUUGACAAUACAUUUCCACCGUUUGUAGAGAUUUACUUUGUGUUACUAAAUCAAAUUUUGCAAAAGAUGAGUGUAGUAAAAAUUAUCUUCAAAGAAAACUAAUUGUGAAAGGGAUAAACCCUACAUUAAAGGUCUUAGAAAUUACACAAAAUUGUAAUAAUUGAAAAAUAUGAACGAAAAGAAAACAUACCGAAAUCUUGGUAACAUUAAGAAAGAAGACGGUAAAACACACAAACGUAUAUAAACAAAGCAAAAACAAACAUAUCGUAAUUGAGCGCCCCAGAACUCAAAAUAGAAGCAAAAAGUCUUAAACAGUGAAGAACAAAUACAAAAGUACGAGUUAAAGCAAAACCUAAUGUUGCGGCUCGGCUCGAAUGUAGUAAUCAAUAUAAUAAGCUAAAUAAGGUAACCAACGUUCUUCCAUAAACAAAAAAAAUAUAUUUAUACUAGAGCAAUGCUGCAUAUUUCGAAGGCGAAACUGUUACUAUAAAUGAGUGAAACUGCAGCAAUUUAGAAAAAAAACUAACGUAAAGCAAAGAACAAAGAAGGAAAGGAGAAGACAAAUAAAGGUGUGUAAAAGAAUAGAAGAAAAUCGCACGAAAGUAAAACCAACCCACGAAUGUAAAAAUAUACGAGCUGCAAAUUUAUAUCUCUAAGUGAACAAUUUUGAGAGUGAGAAAAAAUCGAGCUAAAAAGAAACAUAAAAAAACACACACAUAAGUGAGAAAAAGAGAAAAUGAAAGAGGAUAUAAUUUGGUACAAAAAGGGCAUGGUCAUAAUUAUACAAGCGUAAUGAAGAACGGUUUACUGCGCAGUAUCGGCUAUCGAGCUAAGCUUACUGGUUCGUACGAAAUGAUGCUCCUCUUAUAGAUGGAUUGAAUGAAAGGAUUUUUCAUAUUAUUUUUUUUUCUUUCAAAUCCGGUUUCUGCUUGGUUUCGCAUUGAACUCUCUCAUGGUACAAACGCAGCGAAACGGAAUAUACCGAAGGCGUGUAGUUUUGAAGCUUUUCCGACAGCAAAGAAAAGCUUCCUUUCUACCUCAAAAAGCUGAGGUGCAACAGGCGCAUGUAAAUGUGGCGUGUUGUUUCCAUCUUUUGAACGGUUAAAUCACGUUAAAGCUCCAUUGAAGGUGGGAUAUAAGGGCGAUCUUUCCGCAAGAUCCCAAUGAACCCACAAGGCUAGUGAAGGAAUGGGGCUCGUGUCUUAUUGUUUUAUGGUUUGCUGAAUACUGAACACUGAAUACAGAACGUGGACCAAUUUCAAAACGGAGAUCAUUGCAAGUAUAGAUAUUCCAUUGAAAAGGGAAAUGGAACGACAGAAAGCUUCCAUCACCACUAUGCAGGCCGAGGAUGGUUCGUGAUCGGACACGUGUAUUAAUUGUAAAAUAGGCUUUGUGUGCAGCGUGGCACACGAAAAGCAGUAGAGAUGGUGAAAACUGUGUAAGAAAAUGGGGUGAGAGGCAAGAGCUUACUCAUCGCUGGGGCACAAACGCAGCAUAAGAAACACACUAAAUUAUCCCAUCGAAUUUUGAAUCUUAGGUUUUGUGAGCCAUUUUUAAAAAGACAGAGCUGUGUAUGUUAGGUGUAAUGUAAAGGAAGCAGUUCUAGUAGCAGAUGUUUGAGCUUGUAAACCUUACUGAGGGAUGAAAGUAUAAGAUGUAAAUGUUACUGCAAUUUCCUUUCAUCCGUUCCAGUGCCGUUGUGCUCGAACGCGAAGGAAACCAAUAGUAAGUGUACAGAAAAUGUGUUUCACAUGUGUUGGGGGCGGGAAAACCUGUGACGACACGCGUUGUGUGAGUUAGAUCUAGCUAAACUUAUCGUACAUUUGCACCUGCCCAGGAAUGGAUUGGGAAGAUUGGCAUUGGCAGCAAGAGAUACUAAGGCAUGAUCUAUCUACCGCACAAGCAAUUAUAACCCUUAUGUGCUAUAACGCUUUGUGACGAGACGACAAAAUUGCAGCAACAUGCAAGCAGACCAAUAAUUGUUGGCUUUUUAUAUUCACUUCGCUUUGAAAAUCCCCCUUUGAAACCGAGACAAACGUAUAUGGCAAGGUGUAUAGAAACGCCUAGGAGCCACUCUAUGGAGAGCCGAAAGCAAAAUGGUUUAAAAGAUUCGCUUCUGGGAUCUUUACUUGGCUAAAAGAAUUACCUAUAUCACGAGUGUGCGUCUUCAUUAGCUGUGUUUUCUUCACCUGUCGUUGUUGAUAGAUUUUCCUGUUUACUUGAUACUUGGGUACGACGCUCAUGGGAUAACAAGAUUUAAGCAUAUAAAUAAACAAAAGACAACAAGACGCUUUCAAAACAUAUAUAUGACUAUAUAUAUACACCCAUACAUACAAUACACAUUAGUAUUUAUAUUUUUAGGAUUUAUACUUAAAUCUGUGAAUUUUAUGCAAACCUACUCUAAAUUAAAUGCAUCACGGUGUUUCCAAUGCUCGUUAUCAGAGCAAGCAGAGCCAGUAAAUGGAAUGCGAUUAGAAACAAACCAAACUAGCGGAUGUAAGAAAAUGUAUUCAUGAAAGCAAUCAAUUGACGAGAAAAGAUAGUUGACGUUGUUCGCGUAUCAUGAAGCUAGAUUACACUUUUAAGUACUUAAACAUGUGACAUUUAUGGACAAUUUAAUGACGGUGUCAGUAAGAGUUACAUAUGGGUUUUGCCUCCUGUGCUGCACAGGGCUAUACAAAAGCAAUAUCAUACGCAGUACGUUUUUUUGUGAGUAAAACACAGGUUCAUCGUGACGCUAGGCGAUGGUAUUUUGGGAAGAAAUUAGUACACUCUACUUUUCGAAAUUGGCUAUGAAAGUGAGGCUAAGUGACAAGUGCGAUCUCCCAACGUACACCGCGCUUACCAAUACGGUGUCAGGCGAUGACUUUAUAUGUAAUGUGUACGUGCUGCUAAGAGUAUACCACUUCUAAAUUUACGGCCAAAAAACAACAAACUAUCAAACACAAUAUCACCUUAUUAUUGCCAUCGGCACAAGAAAAACACACAGGACACACGCAUGUACAACACACAUCCACCAAAAAGUGAAAAUGAAACCCCGUCAGGAGAAGGGAAGGGCACACCGUACACUGCCGGCGCAAGCGAACAAAACAAAAUGGACGUAACGGAUCGGUGGCGCGCAUUCAAAGGCAAAAACAAAAAAGUAAUUAAUUAAAAUAAAAAAACGCGAAGCAAGAGCAUCCACUCAACAGACAAUACUACUAACAUUUGUUUUCUAAUUUGGGGGCUUUGUGAUUUUUGCGAUUGAACCGCAAAGUUAAGGUUAGAGACAAACGCGAGAAGCAAAUUAGAAAUAUGAAACUAGAAUUUGUAAAACAUCAGGACCUGAUGAGAAGAGUGCAGCAGGAACAAAGAGAAGGAAGAACGGACAUGAAAAAAACCGAGUACACUGCAGAGAGGGUUAUGAAACGGAAAACUUAUGUAUAUUUCCAUUAUUGCUAUUGCUGUUUGCUGAUAGUAGUGUAUAUUUAAUAUGAUUUGAUUACACAAUUGUGCGUGUGGAGGAAGAAAAAAACAAAAGACAACACAAACGAUCUCUUCCAUAGACAAGUGGGACAGACAGUGCGCGAUAUGAUUGUAUAGCAAGAGAUCAACACUAAACACAAAAACAUUGCUAAAAAUUGAAAUGAGCAAAAGGAGAAGAAUAAGAAGAAGAAGAAAAAAAAACCAAGAGAAAACGGAAAAGCAAUAACGUUAGUUAUUAUUAAAUGAUAUGAUAAUUACUAUUAUGAUACUUAUGAUUACUAUUACCAUUAUUGUCGAUCAUGUGAUUUUACUGUUCCAACUAACAAGUAGCUACCAUUUUUCGUCAUGUGUCGUCAUUUGCGAUCAUUCCAGUUAGGCGGAAUGUGUGGAAGUGUAGCAAACGUGGAACGAAAGAAGAAGUACAGAAAUGCAACAAAAAACCCAACAAAGAAAAAAGGAUAAACAAAACACUGGCAACAUUGUGCUCUCUCUCUCGAGUUGAUCUUUUCCAAUGACCCACAUACAGCAAAAAAAAACAA